AUGUUAUCCAAAAGAAUAUCUAUACAAUGGCCACCACAAGAAGCUGGUGAAAACACCAGUACUAUGGUGAUCUAUUCUAAAGAGGGUCAUUUUGUGGAUGUUAGAAUUUUCCUUGAGAAUUAUCCCGUUAUUGAAGAGAAUCCUACAAGUAAAUUUGAUGAUAUAUUUGAAUGGGCAAUGGUAGGUGAUGAAAUCAGUUUGGAAUCCACUAUCCCUGAUACUUAUAAACUUCAAUUCACUCAUGAGAUUGAUUCCUUGGCUAUCAUGAAAGCAAUUAACGAAAAUUUACCUUUAGAUCAGUGCCUUACUGAAGCUGAUGUAGGUACUUUUUGGAAAACUGAUACUGAAGAUAGAAAAGAAACAGGUAAUAUGACUAAUCCUGCUACCGGUAAAAAGGAAGAUUAUGUUGAAAUCUGGAGAUCUGUUAGUAGUGUUCAACAUACACCUGAAAAUGAAGUUAGAGAACCUGCAGAUGAAGAAGUUACUCCUUUGUAUGUAUUAAGAAUCGAUACCGAUGAGUUCCAUGGUCAAAUGAUUAGAUCAGGAAACUGGAUCCAAGGUAUUUUACAUGAUAAAAAGAAUUCCAAAGUACCAUUAAAUGUCAUCAGAUGUUACGUUAAAGAUUCUAAAUGGGAAUAUUUGAUUAAUUACAGUAACUUUAAGUUCCCUGUUGAUUUCGAUGGUGCAAAAGGUGAUUCUAUUACCAUUGAUAACGUCAAAUGGACUUGUAUUGAGUAG